AGGGUUUGCAGAUGACAGCCCUUCAGUUGGAGGGUCUGAGUCACAUUCCCUUCGGAGCUAAGAUUGCUGGGGACUUGGGAACUGAGGAAGUGGGGCUGGGGAGCUAACACCAACAACUUAUUUUUGGGACAUAACAUGAACUGCUGAUUCUGAUAACCACUAAUUUUUUGUUGCAUCUCCUGAAAAUUUAUAAUGAUGUGGCGAGGAAGCUUGCAGAGAAAGGGUUAAUCCCUGCUGACUGUCGUCGGGGGAAUGUUUGCCGUGUAAACUGCACCAUCCUUAGCACCCUCCAGCCCCCAACUCGUGGCUGAGGUUCUCAGCCACACACCUUGUUGCACUUCACACAGUGGUAGGUCUCCAUGUCUGAGGAGUACCGCAUGCUGUAAUCCAGAGGGGGCUCGGCGCUUGGCAGGAGAUGGCUUCCAUACAGGCUGACGGGGUGCUCCAGGAGGGCUGACUGCAUGGUGGAAGACAUCUGUCUGUAGCUGUAUGGCAGCUGGAAAGCAUCCCAAGAAAAGCCGGUUUUGUAGAAGACAGCACUGGGCUGCUGAAGGACAGCAUCCACGUGUCAUCCAAACCAUCGUGUGCACCAGAGAAGCACUGCAAAUGGCCAAAGGAUGAUGUGAGGAACUGACACUGGAAAGUCACUUCCAUUCUUUUAUCAAGCAUAUCAUAGGGCUGGACUCUAGUUCCACAGCCAGGGCUAGAACAAAGGUUGUAACCUUCCUUGCAAAUCAUCAGGAGGAGGCGGUAACACUGAGGUAGAGAAGACAGAGUGAAUGGAGAUGGGAGUCAACAACUGGAGCAAGAGCAAAGAAUAAAAGGCAGAAUUUUGUCUAGUUCCUACACAGGUAGAGUAUUGGCCAUCAGAAGCCCUGUGCUUACUCAGGGCUUCCAGUGCUUGCAUCUGCCCAAAGCGUGUCAGUGCAAGGGGCUCGCUGUGCUGGAAUUAUAAUAGCAGCAGCCCAACAGGAAACAAAGGGAGGAUCUAAAUUCAUUUCCAGCAUGACAAUGUGGAUUUAGCCAACAGAAAGAGGGUGCACGCUGAGGGACCUGUUUGUCCUCAGACUGCCAUCCCUGCAUGGGAGCCCUAAGUAAUUCUUUAGCUCAUUCAUCCAGCUCCCUUAGCUUGCUUACUCAAUUAUUUAUUUGCCUUGGUGUAUUCUUACAUGCCCGGUGGAUGUAUUGACUCACCAGUGAAAGCAGAGGUGAUUGGAUCCCAUGUGAAUAUAGGCAGAUCAUCUUCCACAAAGCGGUGCUGAUGAUAGGUAUGAGCCUUUUUGCUCUUCACCAAAAAAGAACGUGGCAUUUUCCAUUCACUGCCUGGGCAGAAGCAUGAAAUAACAGCAGGUAAAUCCCUGCAGUUUGUGGGGUUAUUUCUCCUUGCUCCCGCAGCACAUCAGCUCUGCAUCCAGCAGAGGUGAGAAUUAAAACCCUUCUGCUGGGGUGACAGAUAGCCCAUCUCAAAGGGCCCCCCCACCCAGCUGAAGGGAUGGGAGUGGUUGCUUGGCUUUAGGCGCCCAAUGGGUCUUAACUCUGGAGAAAGCACACAGCUGUAUGUAAGCUGUUACGGACCAGAAGUGUUUGUGUGGCAGGGAUACACCAGAACUCAGAAUCUCCUUGGCAUCAUUCUUUGUUGUGGCUGACAAAAUCAAGCAGAGGCUGAGCAGAGAGAGGUUACCUUUAGGACCCGACUCAAAUAUCACAGGCGGUUGAAAUGACGGGUUAGGAACAGACAUAAAAUGCUGAAAUUUAAUCAGACAAAAUUCUCUUGCAAUGCAUCUGUUAUCUUUGCUACCCAGAGCCCAGCCCGCCCUGUGCCCGCUCCCCACGGCCAACAACUGUUCUCAUGCAGGCAGUGUGACAACAGGCUCAAUCCUGCGUAUGCCAAUAUCAGCUGGUGCUUUAUUUGCAUAUGUAUUUGCAUUUUCCCUAGCAAUUGUUCGAGAUAGCAGCACUAAAAGCAAAUCUUGCUAUAUUUCAUAUGAAAAGUCGGCAGUAGGUCCUGGCUCUCAACCGAUGGGCAAAUGCAUUAUGUUAUUGUUUGGGUUCUUUUUGAAGCAUAGAGUACUUUAUUUACUGAAAAAGAACAGUUUGUUCCUGUUGAGUAGGAAUGGUGUGAAGUGUCUGCAUACGUUAGGACAGAGCACUGUGAGCUCCUGGAAGCAGCCAGGGAUGGAAAAGCUCCUCUCUGGCUCCUCUGUAGGGUUCGGAAGUGUAUGUGCUUACCCCUGUAUGCUAAAUGUAAUGACAUAGCCCAGUGGUGUUUCAUUUAAAGGUCCAAGGGAUGGAUUUGCACCAGAUGUACGAUGGCAGCUUUGGUUACAGUUACGCACAUACAAGGGCACUCAUGCAGCAAAGUCUGCUGUGGACAGCCAGCUGCGCUACACCGGGAUUCAGCAUGCCCCAUUUUCCUGCUGUAACACAGAGCGGUGACGGCAGCAGGAACGAGGGGCUUCUUCUGUGCCAUGCUAAAGGAUCGGCUGCAGGGUGGUGGUGUUCCCCUGCGGAGCAGAUGCGGUGCAGAGGAACCUCAGAUUCAUCGUGGAGGAGUUCCUUUGGAGCAAAUAGCUGCGGGAUCAGAGCUGGUCAGGAAAGCUGUCACCGUGGCUUCUUGUGAUCUUCUGUAAAUCUCUUUUUGCGGCUCCUGUUAAACUUAUCACCCCUCCUCUCCAAUGAAAUCAUGUGCAAAAGGUGGUUUGUACAAGCUGAUUAUACAAGGUGAUUUCUGUAAGGAAAAUAAAAGAACGUCAGCGUUGCAUUUUAGCCUAGAAGGACCUUUGAGGUGACCCCUUGUGUUCAGUCAUUAUAUGUUCUUAUUGAUCCCAGUUUCCCUUUUCUCUCUUCACGUUUCAGGGUCAGCAGACAAAGAGGGGAACCACAGAGGGCCUGGAUUCACAACCUUCUGUUGGCCCUGACCCAUGUAGGGGAUGUACAGUGAGCUCACCUUGCAACUGAAGGCAACUUAAUUUUGUGUAUUGCUUGAUCAUGAAAGGUGUGUGGUUGACAGCACUGCAGACAGAAGCUCAAGGCAUUCACAGAACAGUCUGGUAGAGGCACUAAUGAGGAACUUCCUGAAAUUCUAACCUCCACAUUCAUGUUAGUACAUGCAUCAUGGCACAGCAGGGGAAUGUUGGUGAGCUCCUCUCAAUGCUGGAUUCUCCAAUUCUGGGUGUCCUGGAAGACAUAACAGCUGCAUUCAAAGAUAAUCUCAUUUGUGACCGUGGACCUAUGCUUGUGAACAGCCUGGUAGACUAUUACUUGGAAACCAAUUCUCAGCAGGCACUGCAUAUACUGUCCACGUUGCAGGAGCCUCAUGACAAGCACCUUCUGGACAAAAUUAAUGAAUAUAUGGGCAAAGCUGCUACUCGUUUACCCACUCUCUCGCUGCUGGGACAUGUGAUAAGGCGACAACCAUCGUGGAAACAUAAGCUUUCUCAAGCACCUCUCCUACUUUCAUUACUUAAAUGUCUCAAGACUGACACAGAUGUAGUAGUACUCACCACAGGUGUCCUAGUGCUAAUAACCAUGUUGCCAAUGAUUCCUCAGUCUGGCAAACAGUACCUCCAUGAUUUCUUUGGUAUCUUUGGGCGUCUCUCAGCCUGGUGCUUGCAGAAUCCAGGUCACGUGGCAGAGAUUUACCUUGUCCAUCUUCAUGCCAGUGUUUAUGCUCUCUUUCAUCGGCUUUAUGGAAUGUAUCCUUGCAAUUUUGUCUCCUUUCUGCGUUCUCACUACAGUAUGAAGGAAAACUUGGAGACCUUUGAAGAGGUAGUCAAGCCAAUGAUGGAACAUGUGCGAAUUCAUCCAGAAUUAGUGACUGGAUCUAAGGACCAUGAACUGGACCCACGAAGGUGGAAAAGACUAGAAACUCAUGAUGUUGUGAUAGAAUGUGCCAAAAUCUCCCUGGACCCUGCAGAAGCCUCAUAUGAAGAUGGCUAUUACUCUGCGUCUCGGAAAUCCUGUACAAACUUAAAACAUCAUCAAACUGACCCCAGUGCCAGCCAUUACAUUGACACACAGAGCAGCUAUGGGACGUCUACCCCAUAUUCCACUCCUCGGCUAACACUAUCACAACUGCCAGGGCAGCUACCUCAGAUUCUGAGCCCGCAGUCAAUAAAGCUGUCAACUGAGCCACAGCAGGUUACCAUCUGGAGUCCUUCUGCAGUUUGUGGUAUGACCACUCCACCAACCUCCCCUGGAAUUGUCCCAUCAGAGUCAUCCCAGUCAACAUCACAACCUUACAGCAAAGCUUUUGGCACAUCUGCAGUGGGGAAGGGAACACCUUUGGGGACACCAGCCACAUCUCCUCCACCCUGCACUUCAGAUGACUUUGUGCAUGUCUCACUUCCUUCAGCUGCUGCCACACCUCCUAAAAAGGAGGACAAACCAGAUUCUGGGAGGCCUUCACUGUACCGACAGCAAAAUGUCAUAAGCAGCGAUAAAUCAUUGGACACAUCUGGUAGUAAAAGUUCAGUAACCUUAAGUGAUCUUCCGGAGUUUUUAGGCGGUUUGUCUUUUGAAGAUAGUGCUGAAAAGGACAGAGAAGAAGAUGCAAUAUCUAAAGAGAUCUCUGAGAUCACGACUGAUGCUGAACACAUGGUGCCUAGAGGAGGAUUUGACUCUCCAUUUUAUCACACAAAUGAAAAUCUGUCAGGUUCUCAGAAGAAGACCCAGUCAGUAGUCUCUAGUGUGCAGGGACACAGUCUGACCUCUGAGCCUUUAACGUCUUCUCUGGACAAGCCUGGGCCUGAGAGUGCACUGGAGACACCCAAACAAACAUUUACUCCCAUAGACAAGCCCUGCGGAGGCUCUGGUGAAAGCCCUGCUGGUAACAGGGAAGGAACCUCUGGGGAGACAAGUAUUCUCACUCCCAGCCCUUGCAAAGCAUCAGCACAAGGAAGAGCAGUGUUUGGGAGUGGGCAGCCUCCCCUGUAUGAGCACCUUUUUGAGGUUGCGCUACCAAAGACUGCCUACCUCUUUGUUGGCAAGAAGACUGAGGAGCUGCUAAAGAAAGCCAAGGGAACCCAGGAUAAAGACUGCAUGUCCUCUACUUCUCCUGUGGAAGUACUGGACAGACUGAUACAGCAAGGGGCAGAUGCACACACUAAGGAACUGAACAAAUUGUCUCUGCCAAGCAAAUCUGCUGACUGGACUCACUUUGGAGGUUCUCCCCCUUCAGAUGAGAUUCACACCCUGCGUAACCAAUUGCUGUUGCUGCACAACCAGUUGCUGUAUGAACGCUUCAAAAGACAGCAGCAUGCCCUUCGGAACCGGCGGCUCUUGCGGAAAGUGAUUAAAGCCACAGCACUGGAGGAACAUAAUGCUGCCAUGAAAGAUCAGCUGAAAUUACAGGAAAAAGAAAUCCAGGCCUUGAAACUGAGUCUGCAGAAAGAACAGGCCAGGUACCACCAGUUUCAGGAGGAGCACGAAGGGAUAGUGGCUCAGCUUCACAGCCAGAUCAGACAGCUGCAACAUGACCGUGAGGAAUUCUACAACCAGAGCCAGGAAUUGCAGACCAAGCUGGAAGACUGCAGGAACAUGAUUGCAGAUCUGAGGUUAGAAUUGAAAAAGGCUAACAACAAAGUCUGUCACACAGAACUGCUUCUUAGCCAAGUUUCUCAAAAGCUUUCCAACAGUGAAUCAGUGCAACAGCAGAUGGAGUUCUUGAACAGACAACUUCUGGUUCUUGGAGAGGUCAAUGAGUUGUACCUGGAGCAGCUGCAGCACAAGCACACAGACACUACAAAGGAGGUUGAAAUGUUGCAUGCUGCUUUUCGAAAGGAACUGGAGAAAGCAAAAUUGUGUGUUCAGCAGCAAAGCCAAAGGCUCGAUGCUUCUCAGAAACGGAUAGCUGAACUGGAAUCUCAGCUUUCUAAAAAGGACCACCUCUUCUUGGAGCAAAAGAAAUACCUGGAAGAUGUCAAAAUCAAAGCAAGAGGUCAGUUGCAAGCAGUAGAGAGUAGAUACAGGGCCCAGAAAAGGAUCACCCAGGCGUUUGAGCUGGAGAUCUUGAACCUGUUUGGCCGACUGGAGAACAGCCCGCUGAAAAAACUUGAAGAUGAAAAAACAGAAGCAGCUGAAGCAGCAGAAGAAAGGCUGGAUUGUGGUAAUGAAGGUUGUGCAGAUACUGUGGCAGGAUACAGCGAAGAAACCAUUGAUAGAAAUGGAGAAACCAAACCUCCCAGCACUCGAGGUAGCAGUAAAGGUGGCAGCAACAGUGAGCUCUCCACCCCAGAAAAAAAACAGAACCAGAGAUUCAGCAGUCACUGGGAGACCUCCAUGUUGCGGGAGCCCUCCACUACUGUCCCACUGACUGUAGGUUCACUCCCCAGCUCCAAGAGCUUCCUUGGUAUGAAGUCACGAGAGUUGUUUCGCAACAAAAGUGAGAGCCAGUGUGAUGAGCAUGGUGUAACCAUCAACAGCCUUUCUGAUACUCUAAAGACUGAACUAUGUAAAGAUCCAAGCAUGGAGACGAAGGCUCCUCCAAGCCCCGAUAACCUUAGCCUCUCACCUAAGAUCCAGGAAAGCAGUGUUGGACAGCUUCAUAUCAUGGACUACAAUGAAACUCAUCAUGACCACAGUUAAAAAGGAAGAUAGUCAAUCAGUGUUAUUUUCAUAUUCUUGGCAUAGAACAGGAGGCGUGAAUGCACGUUUAACUAAAAGCUUUUAUGUUUCUUUGGUCUGAGCAGCUAGCUCAUGCAGUGGAAUAGGAUUGAUGUCCAGUAACAGAAGAAGGCUGCUGAAUGAAUGCAAGGUGGAUUUUUGGGUCUGCAAUUGAAAUGCCCAGCCUAACUCUUGCUUCUUUCUCAAAUUCAGUCCUUAGCAACGUGUACUAAUUUGAAGGGACAACUGUUAGCAUUUGCAGAUAUUUUUUUUCCCCUUUCUCCCUGUCCCCAGUGAGUGGCUGCAUUUAUGAACUUGAGUGCAAUAUGAGGCCAAAUUAACGUUUGUGAGUCUACUAUGAAUGCUUUGUAUUUCCUUGCAAGCUUCCAAUUUAGAGCAGUUAAUUGUGCUGCCUGUCUGGGUGAUUUUGAUUGUUUUCAUCACGGAAAGGAGCAACACUAGAAUUUCUGGUGUGUUCAUCUAAGGGUCUCUAUUUUGCCUGUCUGCUGCCCCCACCUUUCUCAGAGCCCGAUCUUUAAGUUGGACUCCAAUUGAGUACUUAAAUGUUUUAGGAACGGUGUACCUCUGCAAAAUGAUUCAUUCUCCCUAAUUCAUAAUCACUGUUUAUAUUGUCCUUAACAUUUCUUGGAAAGUUUCUUUUGAACAGACACUUAACAAGGAACUGGAGCUUGUAAUGCAGAGACCAUACGUGCUGAAGACUUGUUAAAACACUAGCUUCUGAUUGUAUUGGAAUUGUGUUUGCUUGACAGACUGGUACUGACCUCAGACUGGUUCAUAGGGGAAAGCAAUUAGUGUGGGAGAAGAGGGAAAAGGCAGCCUUAGUCACAUAGGGAGAGUAUGCAGAACGUGUAUGUCGAAUGAAGAUUUGCAGCUCACAGAGAGCUUUUGUUUCUCUAAUCAGGGAAAUACUUGUCCUGCCUGGACUCCUUCAUGGUUUUUGUUCCUGAUCUGAGCAAGACCACUGUGUUCUGACGCCAAGAAAUUGGCUUCUACCUGGGAGUGCGUUUUGAGGCUUGACUUGCAGAAAACAGUUUCCUUUGAGUGCUGUUCUGUACCACAUGCAGCACACUUUUCAGCUCAGCAAUGUCAGUUUGGCACUAGACGUGUCCCCUCCAUCCCCAUUUCCUUAGAAGGUGAGACUGAAGAAGCAGCUUGCUCAAUCAAACUGAGGAUCUGCAUUCUGUUGUGAAGCCUUUCUAUGUUAAUCAUGUUUAAGCCUUCUGUGAAAGAGGAUUGCAGGGUCAGGGCUUGUCAGUGGUCUGACGCAAUCUCCUUUGUGACAGAGCAGAGGCUGUGGUUAGGAAGGCAGUGUGCUUGUUUCAAACCGUAGGUGUGUCUGGGUCCAAGCAUAUGUGGUCAUAUCAGGCUUCACAGGUACCCACACUGCAUGUGGCCUCUUCUCAAAUGUUCUGUGGGUGGCAGCUGCUGGUCAAGAAUCGUCUCAAGUAUUAAACCAAGGCUACAUUAAAUCAGUUCCCAUCCUAACCUGAGGAGGAGCAGGAGUCUGCUGGAGAAGCUGAUAACGUGUGCCAGACACAGCUUUUCCUUCUGCUUUGUCCAUAACACCUGGGGUUGGAAUACAUUUCUGCCUGUCUGCGUUACUCUGUGUCCUUUCGGUUGGUCAGUCCUAACUCUGAAAGUAAAGGUGAACUUAAGUGGUUUUGUCAAAGCUUGAAUCUGCAUGGAAUAGAAAAUAGAGAGUUGGUUGUAAGUGACAGACUGGUUUUGUCGACAUGUCUAUAGGCUUUCUAAGACUUAGUGGUAGCAAACGUGGUAGCGUCUGUUUUGGUAAGGUUUGGAGGUUUCCUGCCUCUCAUCCCACCUGGUCCCAGCACGGGGAGCGAGCAGUUUGCACACAGCAGCCCGGCUGGUGGAGCUGGAGGUGUUGCAGGGGUUCCUUGGAGGACCGUGCUGUGCUGAGCCCAGAGGAGCGCCGUGCUGCUGCGGUGGCCUCGCGCGUCCAGAGGGGAGGCAGCUUUUGUUGUCGGUGACAAACGUGCCCUGGCGGUAAUGCAAGCUCAUUGAGGUGGCUUUUUUCUUCUUUUAAAAAGGACUUUAGCACCAGGAUAGUAAUGGAAACCACUUUCGGUUUGUUUAUGGACCACAACGAUUACGGAGGAACAAAUUUUGCAGUUUGUUUUUUUUUGUAAAAGUCUAAAAAUCAUGGAUCUGCUGUAUGUAGUUAACUUGCAGUUUGUUUGAAGGGGUCCCAUCAGUGAAGUGGAAACAGAUUGUUUUUUUUUUCUAACUGACUGCUUUUAGUUAAAUCUAAAAUUGCUGUCUUUGUCAAGUUAAUCUGUUCCCUGCCUCGCUCUUUGUAAGCAUGUUAAACAAUCCACAUUAAAUGCCAUAAAUAUGAAAUAUGAGGAAAUGGUACAAUCCUAAGCUAAAGAGAACUUAAACCAAAAGGAGGUUUUGCUGUCCUUAUUAGAAUGUUCUAAAAUGUCAAGGCAGUUGCUUGUGUUUAACUGUGAACAAAUAAAAUGUAUUGUUUUGCACUA